AUGGCUCAUGGUGAAAGAAGAUCUGCUUUGAAAAAAAGGCUUUCAAAUGCUUCAUUAUCAAAUUUGUUUAAGUUGGGUAAGAAGAGGGCUUUAGAAGAAGAAACUGAAGACGACCAACAACAACAAACAGCUUCUCGUGAGGAUUCAAGUGAAGGUAAUAAUUUGGAGGAGGAGGAUACUGAUUCAAGUUUAAGUGGAGAUGACAAAAAUAGAAAACGUCGUCGUUUGAAUGCUAGUGAAAAAUCUAAGGAAGAAUUAAACUUUGAGCAAAAGGAAAAAGAAUUGGAUGCAAAAUUACCUGAAGAACUUCGUAAAUUUAGACCUGCUGGCUUUUCAUUUAAUUUACCACCAAAGGAUAGACCAAUUAGAAUAUAUGCAGAUGGUGUGUUUGAUUUAUUCCAUUUGGGUCACAUGAAACAAUUGGAACAAUGUAAAAAAUCGUUCCCAAACGUAACUUUAAUUUGUGGUGUUCCAAGCGAUAAAGUUACUCAUAAACUUAAGGGUCUCACAGUUCUUUCAGAUAAACAAAGAUGUGAAACAUUGAGACAUUGUAAAUGGGUAGAUGAAGUUAUUGCUGAUGCACCAUGGUGUGUGACUAUAAACUUUUUAGAGAAGCAUAAAAUUGAUUACGUGGCUCACGAUGAUAUCCCAUAUGUCAGUAGUGAUAGUGAUGAUAUUUAUAAGCCUGUAAAAGAAAUUGGAAAGUUUUUGGUAACACAAAGAACCGAGGGUGUCUCUACUAGUGAUAUCAUCACAAAGAUUAUUAGAGACUAUGACAAGUAUCUAAUGAGAAAUUUUACGAGAGGUGCUACUAGACAAGAACUGAAUAUAUCAUGGAUGAAAAAAAAUGAAUUAGAAUUUAAGAAACAUAUAAAUGACUUCAGAUCGUAUUUCAAAAAGAAUCAAUUACAAUUAAAUAAUGCCUCUAAAGAUCUGUAUUUUGAAGUAAGGGAAAUGUUAUUAAAGAAGACUAUGGGAAAUAAACUUUAUUCAAAAUUAGCAAAUAAUGAUUUUGGUUUUGAAAACAAACCAUCUGCUAGAAAUAUCUUAAGAGAUACUCUACCAAAGUUAAGAAAUCUAAUAACUGAAAACUCACCAGCUAGAGAUUUUGCAAAUCAAUAUACCGAUGGAAAUUAUAAAAAACAUAAGAAUAGAGACAGUGAGGAAAGUGAUAGUGAUGAGGAGAGCGAUAACAACGUCAGUAAAAGUGACGACCCAGCAACCUCUACAUACAAUACAUCAACUGAAUUUCCAGAUACAUCCAAAACAGGUGUUGAGUGA